AUGGAUCUCUUCGCUCCUCUGCUCAAACUUUUUGGCCCUCUCCAUGGACUGGGUGGAAAUGCGGGACCCCUUCAAAAUGCCAUCGCUUCAGGUCUCGGUGGUGCUCUUUUUGGAAGAGCCUAUGAAGAAGAACCACAAGAUCUUGAAGAGAAAAACGAGCAAAGAGAAGGAACAGUAACUGGACCGCCACAAGCUGGAGGAAAUAUUGGGUUCGUGCCUGAACUCACCUCCCAAAUGGCUUCGGGUUUACUCGGCGGCGGUGGAAGUAGUGGAAGUGGCAGCGCGAGCGGAUUUGUUGAAACAAUACUAUCAAUGUUUGACUCCAACCAUGAUGGACUUCUCACCAAAAACGAGGCCAAGAAGGCAGCGUCACAAUUUGAUAUUGGAUCUCGUGAGUUGAAG